AUGAAUCAGUCACAAUUAGACCCUCUACCAACGGAUCUUCCCUUCCGAAUCGUCUCCAAGACCGUGGGUCGAGGAGCAUAUGCCUCCAUCAAGAAAGCAAUUCCCCUCGACGCUCCAACACCAGUUUUUGCUGUAAAGCUCAUUCACAAGGGCUAUGCUGUUAAACAUGGUCGCAUUUCUACCAAGCAGUUGGCCAUGGAGGUCUCACUGCAUUCACACAUUGGCCAGCAUCCCAACAUUAUCGAGUGGUUCGCUUCAGGAGAAGAUGACAUAUGGCGAUGGAUUGCCAUGGAGUACGCAGAAGGUGGAGAUUUGUUCGACAAGAUUGAGGCUGAUGUCGGUGUCCGCGAGAAUAUUGCUCAAGUUUACUUUGUUCAACUCAUCAGCGGCGUGAGCUUCAUGCACUCCAAGGGCGUGGCGCAUCGUGAUCUCAAGCCUGAGAAUAUUCUCCUCUCCCAAGAUGGAUCUUUAAAACUCGCAGACUUUGGUAUGGCCACAAUGUUUGAGUACAAGGGUCAGCGGAAGUUGAGCUCAACACUAUGUGGAAGCCCACCUUAUAUCGCCCCUGAAAUCCUUGCUUGUGGGCGUGCAGACAAGAAAUUACCCAACGCUGCCAAGUACUCGCCAGAUCUGGUCGAUGUUUGGUCUUGCGGUGUUAUUCUAUUCGUUCUUCUUGUCGGCAACACACCGUGGGAUGAGCCAUCACAAGGCAGCUGGGAGUUUCAGGAAUAUGUACGAACAUCUGGUCGCAGCACGGAUGCUCUAUGGGGGAGGGUCCCAGCAGAAGCACUAUCUCUACUACGAGGGAUGAUGUGCAUUGAUUCAUCAAAACGCUUCAACUUUACUCAAGUGCGCCAACAUCCUUGGUACACUAGACACAAUGCCCUCCUGAACUCGGAUGGCCGAGUCACAGAUCCCAUUAACUUGGCGACACAGAUGCUGGAGAAUCUCCGCAUCGACUUCAACCACCACCCAACAUCACAACCUUCUUCCAGCGACAAUAUGGACAUAGAUACUGGCCUGAAUGUCGGGAAAUUCUCCUCUACUCAGCCAGAGACACCAAUCGCUGAUAAGGACUGGGAUUGGGAGCGUCCUCCACUUCGCUCUAUGGCCUCGCCAGCCUCAUCACUCCCACAUACUCACGAUGCGAGCCGAGCAAUGCUCGAUACACUCGCCGACGAGCCAUCCAUGUCUCAAUUCUCUCAGACUCCUGGUCCUUCUAUGACCCUCACCCAGCAAGCCCGCCGUUUCCGCGACAUUUGUCCCCCAGAGUCACUUACUCGCUUCUUCUCGGCUGUGCCUCCGGCCCACAUCAUCCAGAUGAUUAACGAUGCUCUCCACCAUCUCAACGUCCCCACGACGCAUAUCUCGCCUAAUCCACAUGGCAACCCUGUCGCUAAGAUAAAGGUCAAAGCACUCGACGGUCGUCAACAAAGUUUGCAUGGCGAGAUUCAAGUGGAUCGUCAGCCUCUGCCGGAUGGUACAGAGGUCCUUGACAUUCGCUUCGUCAAGGUCAAGGGUGACCCCCUGGAGUGGCGACGAUUCUUCAAGAAGGUCGUUGUUUUGUGUAAAGACGGUGUAUACGUCCCCGAGUCUUAG